AUGGCAAUGAUCGUGAGGUUCCCAGGUGGACCACCACCAUCAGCAGGGAGAGGUGCACGGUCUUCCAAUCGCUUCGUGCUCGCAGUUUCGAGACGCGGCACGGUGAAGCUGUGUGACACAAGGGGUGAUCAUGGUUGUCUUGCGUCGCAAAAACGGGCUUUCGGGGGUGUAGACCGGGCGAAAAUCCCGCGGCGGCACAUCGAGCGCCGCACGGUGGAGGAGCUCCGAGCCGUGAAUGAGGGCGCGCUCCCGAGAACCCAGCUGGAGGGCGGCCAUCUCCAGACUGCAAUCCCGCGGCGGCUCGCGACUGCGGCGGAGCGCAAUGCGUACAUCAAACUCUGUCCGCUGCCGCAGCCGGAGCUGGUGGAGUCAAAUCUCGAAGAUUGCGUUGUCCGGUCGACGGCAGCGAGAACCGUGACAGGCGCAACAGCUUUGACGCGACGGGACGCGUGGUUCGCCGGCAACUUGCGGUUCGAGGGGAUUCAGGCCAAAGUGCAGGAUUUUAAUACUUGCGACACAGCAGUUAUUGCUGCCGGUGAUGAUCUUCCAGUAGCAUCUACUUCAAGCACAACUGCUGCUCUGGAAAUAAAGAGUGUGGAUAGAAAAACCACUGACGAAAUAGAGAAUGAGAGAAAUCGUGAACAAGAACACCACCUCCCGCCGAUGAGAUAUGCCGCUGAGUGCCGAGAAGAAAAAGAAUCAACUGACGUUCGGCGGCCGACCGCGGCUGAGAUCUUGUACUUUCAGUCGGGCGGGGACCCCGAAGCCCUCCUCGAGACGGACGAAGACCGGUCAACAUCUCCUAACAUCACUACAACUUCUACCUCCGGUCUCGAAAACGGAAACCAAAGUGCAGAAAUUCUUUCAACACCGUCGACAUCACCAGUUCUGCGCGAAAAGGACUCGCUGUUCGACCUGGGAAAUAGCUGGAGAACGUGGCUGUACCCCACGCAACCGCACAACUUCACUUCGCUCCGGUCUGUCACGGAGCCCGGCAUCACGCCUUUGGACCGCGCCGCCCGGGACGUGCCGUGGGAGUCCCGGUUCGAACUGGUGACGCGCCGCGUCCGGCCGAAGUACGCUGCCGAGGUCCGGGGGACGCCGCGGCGGGAGUUCCAGGAGGGGAUGGUGGAGGGUGUUCGCGUCCGCCCGGUGUUCAACCCCUUCGUGGAGUUGACCAACGCCAAGCGCUACCGGCUGGACAACUGGCCGUCCCGGAAUUGGGACAACUGGGACCCCAACGAGAACGUCCGCGUACGGGGUGGGCGCCGGACCUACACGCUACCCAAGGACAUCGGUCCGUCGAAGGACGAGCUCGGCGAGUGGCACCCCUGCCCGAUCUCCGGGCGGUACAAGGGGGACAUCCAGAAGCAGUACGCCUACUUCUCGCUGCCCUGGGUUUGGGCCCGGGACUUCUUCAACCCGCCGAAGCACAUCCACGACCGCGAGCCCAAGGGCCGGAAGUACUGGCGGUUCCGGGAGUUCCGGAAAAUCAAAGUGGCGGAGGCGCUCCGCAAGAUGCCGCAGCUCAUCGAGGAAUACCGCCGCGAGAAGCGGGAGGCGAAACGCCUAUCCUGGUUCGAAGAUAUGAUGGUCAAGUUCUGCGGAAAAGCGUCCGCACACACCUUCAUCAGGAAGAGAAAACGCCCGAUGCAUUGAGUGCACUGAUGAACUUGUUGUUCGAGGUUGGAAACCCCACCACAUUUCUUUCGUUUUUAACAGUGGCACUAAUUGUAAUUGCUUAUUACUUGUUGUGAAUGUGAUUCGAAGAGAAUGAGAAACGUAUCAGUGUGAAAAUGGCAUAGCAUAUAGGCGAA